UUAUUGUGGCUGAUAACUGAUCCAGUGAGUCUGUCUGCCCUGGAAUGCUGUAAGGGUUAAAAGGAAUCUGCUUAUGUACUCACAGCAUAUUUUCACUUCCAUUAAUAAAACCAUUGUUCUAGUGGCAAUGGAUUAUUCAGUGCUUUGAAAGUGAAACCUUGAUCUGGACACAGCACAUAUAUUGGUAAUGGGCAUUACUUGUCCUGUCUCUGCAGCUUUGCAUUGCCAAACACUUUGUAUAUUCGCAAUGGACCCUUAGCUUGAAAGAUCACAGCCACGAUAUCUUGAAAUUGAUUUUCUUCUGCAGAGAGAUGUUUGAAGCAAAACCCAAUUUGGCCUGUAUAAACUACAUCAGAUAAAAGAAGAUAUCCCUCAGAGUGUAUGGGAUCACCUUUGAAGCCAUUUUCACCUUACUGUGAAUAACAAGUUGCAGAAUAAAAGGCAUUUCUUACAGCUGAUCUGAUCUCUACCCAUCUGUGAGUUGGCUCUGCAAUGAGAUAAACCUAUCUACUUUAAUUCAAGACAGGUGUACUAUAUUUCCCAAUCAUAUUAAAGAAACUCAUGAGGUCUGGUGGUGGAACCCAAAGCAUAUUACUAGGACAAGUGAAACAGCUUUAUCUGCUUUGAGGGACUUGCCUUGCAAAGAAAAUGUCAGGCUGCUCCUGCUUCCUUCAGGAGGCAGCAAGCUGGUCUGUGAGGUUCUACCUGGGCUGCCAGCUGGAUAGGGGCACAAUGUUUGCCCCUGGCUCUGGUCUGACGUCGGAGCGGGGCUGGCAAACAACAGGGACAAUGGGAAGCCUCCAGAACCUGAAGAAAUUUAAUAACCAGGACUUCAACCGCCUGCGAGCCUCGUGUUUGAGCCAAGGAGUGCUUUUUGAGGAUGCCACCUUCCCUGCUCAUGUCAGCUCCAUCGGUCCUAACCUGCUCCCAGAGGAUAAGCUGCGUCAAAUACAAUGGAAGAGGCCAACGGAGCUGCAGAGACAUCCUCAUUUGAUCAUAGAUGGAGUUAGCAGAUUUGAUAUCAUGCAAGGAGAAAUAGGUGACUGCUGGAUGCUGGCUGCCCUGGGCUCCCUGACACUGCAGAAGCAGUUUCUGGGAAACGUUUUACCAAGGGAUCAAGGAUUCCAGAACGAUUAUGCUGGGAUUUUUCAUUUCCGGUUCUGGCAAUAUGGAGACUGGGUGGAUGUAGUGAUAGAUGACCGGCUGCCAUUCCUAAAUGGAAGAUACCUGUCUGUACACCCUCGAACGUCAAAUGAAUUCUGGCCAUCCUUGCUGGAAAAAGCAUACGCCAAGUUGCAGGGUUCCUACCAGCACUUGCAUGGAGGCUACCCUUCUGAUGCAUUAGUAGACUUCACAGGUGGAGUCCAAGUACAGUUUUCCUUGAAGGAUCCUCCUCCUGAUCUGCAUGAGAUACUGAAGGCAGCUGACAAAUCUCAUUGUCUGAUGGGGUGUAGCACCUCAGGCCAGCUGAUGAGGAAUAUAGAACUGAAGAACGGGAUUGUACAGGGUCAUGCCUACACUGUCACUGGAGCUGAGAAGAUACGCUACAAGAAUAGCUGGAUACAUAUCAUCAGGAUCUGGAAUCCAUGGGGCUAUGGGGAGUGGAAGGGGGCUUGGAGUGAUAGCUCUCCUCAGUGGGACCAUGUGGAGUCAAAAGACAGAGAAGCCCUCCUCAGAAACAAGGAUGAUGGAGAGUUUUGGAUGUCCUGUGAAAGCUUCCAGGAGCAGUUUUCCUGGCUGUAUAUAUGUAACAGCACUCCAACGUUUCUGGACUUUGGAUAUCAGCACUGCACAGCGUGGUCUGUGGAGAGGCACAUCAACCUGUGGAGACCAGCCCUUGCCACUGGCAGGAGUAACUAUUCCUCAGCAGGUGCACUUUCAACGAACCCUCAGUAUUUUUUCAAAGUGAUGGAUUAUGAACCAAAAACUUACAACGUGGUAAUUUCACUCAUGCAAAAACAUACUGAGAAUGCGCAGGAUGCAAAAAACCUGAAAAUUGGCUUUUUUAUCACCAUGGAGAACUCCAAAGUUCUGAAACAGACUUUUGCCUUGACUCGAGACGUGACCACCUACUUUAUCCUGAGUCCAGGGACAUACGCUGUUGUUCCUGCUGCAGCAGAGGACCGAGAAUUUGGAUUCCUUUUAAGAAUCUUCACAAAGAAUCAAGACUACAAUGAGAACUCAGACUCUCCACCCAGCCCAGUGCCGCCAAUGGAUCUACCUAGACAAAACCAGGACAGCUCCUAUAAGGCUAUCUUCCUACGAUAUGCUAAGCAGGGCUCAGAAAUCGAUGCCUCGCAGCUGCAAGAACUCCUUAAUGAAGUGAUCCUGCAAGAUGAAAUGACCAGCCUGGGAGGAAGAUUCAGCUUCGAUUCAUGCAGAGGCAUUUUAGCUCUGAUGGAUCUCAACUCGAACGGCCGACUCACACUGCAGGAGUUCGGGAGCCUCUGGCGAAGUCUCACUAAGUACAUGGAUAUCUUCAGCAGGGAAGACAGAAAUCAGUCUGGAUUUCUGGAUGUAUCUGAACUGAAGAGUGCAAUACAGGCAGCAGGUCUGGCUGCUAACGAUCAGCUCCUGCGCCUGAUGACCUUGCGGUACGGCGAUGCUGCCAGGAGAAUCGGCUUCUCUGACUUCGUGUGUUGCAUGCUGCGCCUUGAAACCAUGACCUAUGCAUUUCAAAACUUGGCAGAGGGUGGAUCGCAGAUUCUGAUGACAGCAACAGAGUGGCUGACUCUUGUCAUGUACACCUAAAGAGAUGUCAGAGCUCAAUGUGGCUGGUGGCUUUUCUGCUCCUCUGCAGGACACAGCCCAAGGCCAUCCGAUACAAGAGCCAUCCAUGGGGCUCUUGAAAAGCCACUGUGAAGGAGUGAAGCCAGGUUUCCCAUGGACAUCUGCUUACACUUGAUGGCACUCAGAUGUCAGGAUGAAGAGUCCUCUGCAGGCAAAGGGGAGUUGCUCUGGACAGAGAAGAGGAGAUAAUGAGAGUGCUCCAUGGGCGAGCUGCUAGUACUUAAUGGUCUGGGCAAGCUCAAAGUGCUGACUAUAAUAAUCUCCUUUCAUCUUCCUGUAAAUAGUAUGGCUGGUUCUCCUGUUAAUGCACAUUAGUCAGGAACAGCUCCAUUAACUCCAUUGCAAAUAAGAAUAGAAUCAGGCUUUUUGUGGAAGGAGUGUAUCACAGAGGUAACAAAAAUAAUUAAGACACAGUUGUAUUUGAAUUAUUUCUUAAUUUGCUUGUGUGCUAUUUCUAAAUGCCAGAAAAAGGUUGAAGAAAUUAGUCAUAAUUCAUAAAUAUUGCCAGAAGCUUUGUGAUUUUUUUUAACUUUUUAUUAAUAAAUUGAAAGAAAAAGAAAAUCAAGUCUCGUGCAUAUUUCAGUUCACCAGCUGUAGGGAUUCCAUUUGAUUUGCUAGGGCAAUGAAGAGGCAUAUUAGAGAUGUCGAACAGAUUGCUCAGUGGUUUGUUUCUGGUUCCCAGCAUCAAUAUCAGGACUGUUUGGGAAGAGACAAGUUCCUCUUUCUCUGCCCUGAUGUCUUUAAAGUAUAGGGCUUCUUCAGAUAUAAUUCCUGCUCAGAAGGUUAGCUUAAAGGUGCUAGAUAACAGUAACCCUGCUGUAGCCCCCACACAAACUCCACCUCCAGAGUUCUUGUUAUGGUGGUAACAGUGAAUCUACUGAUCAAUUCCACUCAACUACUGAAAAAAGAGAUCUCUGAAAACUGUGCCUGUGAAAAUGCCCAAAAGGAUGCAAAUGUCAAUGGAUGAAAGGAACUCAGGGUUUCCAUGGCAAUAUAAUUCACACCAUGCCUCACCCAGACCUUCUACACAAGUUUCCAUUGGGUCAUCCACACACUAGUGAGAGAUUCACUUCUUUGGCAAUGAGAUGUUACAUGGCAGAGCAACAACUAUGUCACAGGGUAAAGAAGGAAUCCGAGUCUGUUAUUAAGAGGUCAGUCCAUGCAGUGUCUUGUUCUGCAGCUUGGAGAGCCCAAACUUUCACUGAAAACGAUAGGAAAGGAAAUCACUAAAAUUAGGUUAUUCUAAUAUUUUUUCAGUUAGUUUUAAACAAACAGAUCCCUUCUCCAAUGUGUGACUUACACAUCCCACCUGAAAUCACUGGUCAUUUAUUAAGGUCUUUGAAUAUGCUGGCAAAGAGAUAGGAUAAAUGAAAAAGGUGGCCAUGGACAAAUAAA